AAGCGCGCGGCCUGCGCCCGGGAGCCGGGGACGUCGGCGCGGGCGGAGGGCGGCGGUCGGCGAUGGGCUGCGGCUGGGGCUUGCUCGUCGGCCUCCUGGGCGCCCUGUGGCUACUGUGCUCGGGCCACGGCGAGGAGACGGCGGCGCAGCGCUGCUUCUGCCAGGUUAGUGGUUACCUGGAUGAUUGUACCUGUGAUGUUGAGACCAUCGAUAAAUUUAAUAACUACAGACUUUUCCCAAGACUACAAAAACUUCUUGAAAGUGACUACUUUAGAUAUUACAAGGUAAACUUGAAGAAGCCCUGUCCUUUCUGGAAUGACAUCAACCAGUGUGGGCGAAGAGACUGCGCUGUGAAACCGUGUCAUUCUGAUGAAGUUCCUGAUGGAAUUAAGUCUGCAAGCUACAAGUAUUCUGAAGAAGCUAACCUCAUUGAAGAAUGUGAACAAGCUGAGCGGCUUGGAGCAGUGGACGAAUCUCUGAGUGAGGAAACCCAGAAGGCUGUUCUUCAGUGGACCAAGCAUGAUGAUUCUUCAGACAGCUUCUGUGAAGUUGACGACAUACAGUCCCCCGAUGCUGAGUAUGUGGAUUUACUCCUUAACCCUGAGCGCUAUACAGGCUACAAGGGGCCGGAUGCUUGGAGGAUAUGGAGUGUCAUCUAUGAAGAAAACUGUUUUAAGCCACAGACAAUUCAACGGCCUUUAAAUCCUUUGGCUUCUGGUCAAGGAAAAAGUAAAGAGAACACUUUUUACAGCUGGCUAGAAGGCCUCUGUGUAGAAAAGAGAGCAUUCUACAGGCUUAUAUCUGGUCUACAUGCAAGCAUUAAUGUGCAUUUGAGUGCAAGGUAUCUUUUACAAGAUACUUGGCUGGAAAAGAAAUGGGGCCACAAUGUCACAGAGUUUCAGCAGCGCUUUGAUGGGGUUUUGACGGAAGGAGAAGGUCCGAGAAGGCUGAAGAACUUGUACUUUCUGUACUUGAUAGAGUUAAGGGCUCUGUCUAAAGUGCUCCCAUUUUUUGAGCGCCCGGAUUUUCAGCUCUUCACUGGAAAUAAAGUUCAGGAUGCAGAAAACAAAGUGUUACUUCUGGAGAUCCUUCAUGAAAUCAAGUCAUUUCCUUUGCAUUUUGAUGAGAAUUCUUUUUUUGCUGGGGAUAAAAAUGAAGCACAUAAACUGAAGGAGGACUUCCGACUACAUUUUAGAAAUAUUUCGAGAAUCAUGGAUUGCGUUGGUUGUUUUAAGUGUCGACUGUGGGGAAAGCUCCAGACUCAGGGUUUGGGCACUGCUCUGAAGAUCCUGUUUUCCGAGAAACUGAUAGCAAAUAUGCCAGAGAGUGGACCAAGUUAUGAAUUCCAGCUAACCCGACAGGAGAUAGUAUCCUUGUUUAAUGCAUUUGGAAGGAUUUCGACAAGUGUGAGAGAAUUAGAGAACUUCAGGCACUUGUUACAGAAUGUUCACUGAGGAGGACAGCUUGAAAGGCGCCUGCUUCUGGACGGGGAGGCCACAGAGCUGAAUCUCUCCGAGCAGCGUGACCGCAAUGGCCGUCUUAAGGCAAACAUUUCUAUAAAGCUGCUUUUGUAAAAGGAGAAAUACAUUGUUUUAAGUAAAUGACAUUUUUAAAAAUUGUGUUCAUGUUUAAUAUUAUUGUGAAUAAAAGUAGUAUUUUGAUAAUGUACAAAUUUUAAUACUAGACAAAGGUAAGAUCACCAAAAUCCAUAUGGUAAAGCUAGGUGAAUGAUGUUUUAAGCCUCUCAAACUAGAUUUGUAUUUACCAAGAUGUGAUAAAAAUAAAGUUAAGAUAACUGUGACAAGUAUUGGAUAGUAAAAUUCUGAGAGGCUCAUCAAUAACCCGUGGUCCACAGCCUAAGAACACCAAUGCAUUUUCAUUUGCCUCGUUCGCAAAGAAACUACAGAAUUCCCAGUUAGAUUUGAGUUUUAGAUAAGCAGCUAGUUUUCUUAAGUUUAAGUGUGUUGUAUGCAGUAUUAGGGCCGUAUUUAUACUAAAAGUAAUUCAUUUGUUUUAAGUUCAGGUUUAACUGGGAGGCCUGUGAUUUCCUGGCAACCUUAAAAUACACUGGUAUGAAACAUUCCUUUUAGAGUUAUAUGGCUAUUUUGAUUGUGCUGUUUUGGUAUGUAGGGAAGUAGACCAACUAUAAGGCACAGGAGAUUUCUAAACAUUGUAGAAAGAUGAAGAGAUAUAUUUAUUCUCAUAGUACUUCCCCUAAUAGUAGAAUUUUGGGGAAAAUUUUAUUUUUAUAUAAUUUCAGAUUUACAGAAAAGUUUCAAAAACAGUGCAAAAAAAUGUUUUACUCAAAUUCAUCGAUUAUUCCCAUGUGUUUUACCUCUCAUCCUGUCCCACGCUGGGAAUUGAGCCCAGGACCUCAGGCAUGCUGGGGCUAGCCCUCCACCCCUGAGCUGUGUCCUCAGGUCUUGCUUUAUCUUUUGUGUAGACAUAGAUGCCCUGUUUUUAUUUAUUGUUUGAAAACUAGUCAUGGGCUUCAUGUGUUAACCCAAAAUACUUCAGUGUAAUGCUCAGCAAUCUCCUAAAAGUGAUUUUUUUGUUUUUCUUUCAAGGGAAAAACCAAACCUUACUAAUCUGAGCUAAACUACUAUAAGCCUUAGAAUAAGGAAAUAUCUCAUGUCCUAGUGACUUUUUUUUUUGCUUGCUUUUUUUGACCCGUGUAAUCAUAGGUUAUACAGUUCAUGUUUUUUAUACAUGAACCUGAUUUCUUUUGCCUCCAUAAAAUGGAACUGUAACCUGCAUAGGUUUUCACUAGUGGAAGCUUUUUACUGAGAACAGUAUUUGAAGUGGUUUAAGAAUUUAUACCACGGGCUGGAGAGAUGGCUCAGAGGUUAAGAGCACUGGCUGCUCUUCCAGAGGUCCUGAGUUCAAUUCCCAGCAACCACAUGGCGGCUCACAACCAUCUGUAAUGAGAUCUGGUGCCCUCUUCUGGCUGGCAGUCAUAUAUGCUGUAUACAUAAUAAAUAAAUAAAUCUUAAAAAAAAGAAUUUAUAUCACAUGGCAGUUAUAAGUGCUGUAGACCUCAAAAUUAUGCCCCCUUUAUAUCAUAUAUAAAGUCUGAGCGGUUAGGGCAGGUAGGGAUGUCACAUAAGAAAAGCAGAAUUUCUAUAUGUAAUGGUCAGAAAUGUCACUUUACGCUGCUGUGUAUCUUCUCUGUCCCUAAGAUUUGGUCCAGUGCCAAGCAUAUAGUUGGUGUCUAGUAUUUGUUGAUUGAAUGUGUAAGUAUGUAUUUAGUAUACUUUAUGUGAAUGAUCAUAGAACUAUGUUUAACAGUGUGUCCUCUUUUCCUUUCUCAUUUCCCCCCUUCUUUUGAAUAGGGUAACAAAUGAAAGAUGUCAACCCACUAAUUAAAUGUUUUCUUGGGGAUUCAUAGUACUAAGUGAUUACCAUACACAAGGUGUUUCAGCAGCCAGAGUUCUUAAAAACCUCACUGCUUACACUUGCUGCCUCCACUUGAUUAUCCCUGUGUCCUCUGUCCUUCCAAAUGCGGUCGAACAGCUUAGCUCUAAGUCUGCAGUUAACACACACAAGCUGUUUCUUGAUUUGAACUUUUCCUGCACUUGACACUCUUGACAAUCUCUUCCUCCAAGUCCCUGCUCCAAGGUGGCCUUGUGUCUGGUUUGCUCCUGGAUGCCUUUCCUCUGGUCUCCUCAGUUACCCUGGAUGUCAUUCCUCAGACUUCUUGUUUCCAGUCACUGCUUCACUUGGGUCAUUUCCAUCCAGUGAUGCCCAACAGACUUUAGCUCAGACUUAGUGCGUUUUCCUGCUGGACUCACUCGAGUCUCCACAAACCCACUCCUGUGUCUGCUCCUUACUUGGUUAGUUUCAGAGCCAUUGUUCUGUACAAGAUUUUAUAGUUCAUUCCUCUUCUCCUAACUAUUGGUGUCUGAGUUCUGCUGACUUUACUCCCAUCUUUCUAUCAUUCUCUCUUAUUUUUGUUACUGUUACCCAAAGGACUGCCCAGUCUAUUUCCUCAUCUCUGUGGCCCAUAUCACCAGAUUCGGCUUUCUAGAAGCAUUCAACCUAACACCCACUGGCAAUUUUAUGAGCUUUCUGGUGAGAGCUUUUUACUUGGUGUCCAAGAUCCUUUUCUUGUCUUUGCCACUCUGUUCUGAUAAGCGUGUUAAAAAAGUCCAGAGCUGGAUCUCCCUCCAAACCAUGGUAGACACCGUAUUUGCAUUGAGAAACCCAGGCUUCUUCCCCACCUGGGACGUUCCGUGCAUUUUUGAAAUUACACCUGUCCCCUUCCCAUGGUCACCACUGUAAUUGCAACCUACCUCUACUGAAUCACUUAUUGUACUGUAUGUUUUACUUUUUUAAAGUGUCCUUUACUAGAAUGUGAGCUCCCUAGGGGCAGGAAAAGAGACUAUUAAUUUUGGCAUCUCUGUAGCAUAGUGUUUGGCAUAUGAGCAUUUAAUAAAUGUUUGUUGAAUUAAUUGCUUCACAGUGACAGCUGUGCCUCACUGCGAGUACCCUCACUGCCUUUGCUUACGGCAAGGGUCAGUAGACUUUGGGGUGGGCAAUAAAGAUGAAAAUAAUUUGAA